AUGGUAAAACAAGAGCAAAGCAUGGACCAAGAAAAGAAGGAAAAAACUGGACCACGGCUUACCAAAAAGUUUCUUAAGGAUCAUUGCAUGCAGCACAAACUUUACUCCACACCUUACCUGAAUGACACCUUAUACUUGCAUUUCAAGGGCUUUUCAACCAUUGAGAACUUGGAGGAAUACACUGGACUCAAGUGUCUUUGGCUGGAGAGCAAUGGUCUGCAACGGAUUGAGAACUUGGAUGCCCAGACUGACCUCCGCAGCCUUUUCCUUCAGCAAAACCUCAUCUACAAGUUGGAAAAUCUGGAUCACCUCAAGAAGCUUUGCACUUUGAAUGUCUCCAACAAUUUCAUCCAAACCAUAGAGAACAUCUCCUCUCUUCCAGACCUCAGCACUCUUCAGAUUGCUCACAAUAAGCUUGAAUCUUUAAAGGACAUAAAUCACCUCACUGAAUGCCUGGCCAUAAGCGUGCUGGACAUGUCUCAUAACUUGUUAAACGAUCCUGAAAUUCUCACCAUACUGGAGACAAUUCCAGAUCUCCGAGUGCUGAAUCUUAUAGGCAAUGAGGUGGUGAGGAAAAUCCCAAAUUAUAGGAAAACGCUGAUUGCGCGACUGAAACACCUCACCUUUCUGGAUGAUCGACCCGUGUUCCCCAAGGACAGGGCUUGUGCAGAAGCUUGGGCAUCAGGGGGCUUGGAGGCAGAGCGCACAGAGAGGGAGCUGUGGGAUUCCAGAGAAAGGAGGAAAAUUCAAGAAGGCCUGGAUGGAAUGGUACUGCUACGGCAGAAGGCCUUGGAGAGAAAACGCCAACGUGAGCUACAAGAAGCGGGAGAGACUGUGGAUGUGGAUGGAGUGGAGAACACACAUGAGAAUCAGCUAUUGAGCUCGGAGCAAAGUGAAAAAGUAGAAGCAUUUGUGCAAGACAGCCUGGACGCCCAUGAAGAGAUUUUACAGUGCCAAGAAGACAACCAGCAAGACAUGAAACAAUCUGAAGCCGAAGAUGAAGUACAAGCAAGUGUGGAGGUCAAUGAGCACCAGAUGGAGAAUGACGGCAAAGGCCAAUUGGAUAGCCUGACACAAAUAGAAGAAGUGAAUACUGAGAAUUUGGCACAAAAAGAUGAACAAUUGGAGACUCACGAUGUACUCAAACAUCAUCACUCAAUCAAUGUGGAAAAGGAAGGGAAUGGAGAGAAGAAUGAGAAGACACAGCCCCUCCUUCCAGGGUCUUUAGUCACAAAAAUGCAAAAUAUUGAUGAUCUUGAAACCAUCCACCUUUCAAUAGACCAGCAAUUGUACAUAGAUGAUCUGCCAGAUUUGGAGGAAGCAGAGCCUGAAGACUUCAUCACAGUGUUGUCCUCACAGCCCAUGUCCAAACCAAAAAUAGUGGUGUUGUCUGAUACUGAGGAUGAGAAGUUUGGGUCAGUUGCUAGUUUUGAGCCGAGCAAAAAUGAAUUGCGAGGUGAACCAAAGGAAAAAUCAUUCGCACUGCUGGAGUUGGAAUGUGUUGACACACCUGAACCACUAUUGUUGCAAACCGAAAGUGUAACCAACAAAGCAAGCACCUGUCUGAUUGAAGAGUUGGAUUGA